AUGCUGUUGCUGUACUUGCACCCCAUGCAUAUAAUGAAUUUGACCAUCGAAUUUGGCGGAGGGGUCGAUACAUUCAUAGUCGGUAAUCACCGAUACUUACAUUUGCAAAUAUCACCAAGUUACACACCUAAUAGAGACGCAAGCAUUGAUAUUACAAUUGGUAAUUUGCUAGCUUUUUUACGUGAAAAUCUAGCCUCUUCACAACCUAAUUUGCUAGCAGCAUCCCCUACUUAUUCAUCAAAAAGUAUUAAAUUUGGUGUACAAAUAACUGAACUUGGUAAAAUAUUUGAUUUGGACGCCAGCGUCGCCUCUAAAGCCACUCCGGGUAUUAUAAUUCUGGUGAACGAGACAGAUUAUGAGUUGUUAGGAGGGGUGAAUUGCAAGUUAGUACACGGGCAAAAUAUCGCUAUCAUCGGCACUUUACAUGGAGGCUAA